CUUCAACAGCUUCCCACCUUGAGGAAAAGAUCGUGUGAAUUCUUCCAUCUCCUUUUUAACUCAGCAGUAAUUUGAAUAUAUCAUUCCGCCGAAGCUUACUCGCUUAGUAGGCUUCACCUUCUACGACAAGAGAAAGCUAAGCAAACACCCCUCAUUCAAGCUCUGGUUGGCAUCGGAGCUGGGCGCUAAGGAAGUCGUUGCAUGUCUGCAGCAGGCUCCCUGUUAAGGAAAUCCAGUCAGCCUAACUGAGUACCACAAACCGCAUACAUAUGGGAUCACAGGAAAUCAGAUCAUUGGUUACUCAUCUUUUCUGCCUUAUUCGAGGCACUUAGUACGACUAUUACUCGUCAUAUUCACACGUUGAUUGCUUUUAGGCCGUGACACCAUCACAUCUCAUCGCCAGCCUUCUAGGGUAUAUUCCAACAAUAUAUUCCAACAAACUACACUACUUAAGAGAGUACAUAUUACAUAGAACCCGGACGUUUCUUCGGUCUUAGAGAUAUCUUACCAAUCAAAACUACCUGCAAAACAUGUUCUCUCAGAAGAAACCAUACUCGGCCGUCACGGUGACGGUUGAGCGCCUCACUAGCGAGCAGUAUGAAGAGGAUGAUCUCAGCGGCAUCCCAGACUUAGUCGAGGUUAUCAAGCUACAAGCUUCUGGUCCCGCAGAGGCUGCUCGUGCUCUCAGGAAGAAGCUAAAAUAUGGUAGUGUUCAUAGACAGAUCAGAGCUCUCGUACUUCUUGAUGGCUUAAUCCAGAAUGGUGGUCCUCGUUUCCAGCGGACCUUUGUCGACGAGCCUUUACUUGAACGCUUACGAGUAUGCGGCACAUCGGACCUAUCUGAUCCCGACGUCAGGAAGAAGUGCUCCGAGCUAUUCAGAGGCUGGGCUACGGAAUAUAAAAAUACCCCCGGUCUCGAAAGGGUUGCUAUGUUAUAUAAGGAGCUGCCACGGCGUAAACAGGUCGUCACUCAAGCAAAAUCCAAGGUGCUCCGUGAAACCGAACAGGACCCUUUUCGCGACUCCGAGGACGAAGCUGAACAGCCCCAAGUAUCCCCACCUCAGGCCUCAUCCUCGCGUCAGCCCGUCAGCUACCCUCAGCCAACCCAAACCGUCCAGUCAUUCAGUCAUGUUAAAUCUCCAUCCGGGUCCGGAUCCGCGUCUGGUUCUGGUUCAUUUUUCUCCAGUUCUUCAAAAGACAAGAAAAAGAAGGAUAAGGAUAAGGCAAAGAGAAAGCAUAAGCCGUUCAAUCUCGAAGCCGAAAAAGAUACCAUGAAAGUCGCGAUCGCCGAAUCCUCGAUUGCAGCUACAAAUUUAACCAAUGCUCUCCAGAGCAUUAAUCGAGAGCGAGAAAGGAUAUCAGAAAACGCUGCAGCUGUUGAGCGAUUUGAGGCUUGCAAAAAGCUUAGAAGGAAAAUAUUACGCUACAUUCACCACGUCGAAGACGAGCAGUGGCUUGGUGGCCUGCUCCAUGCGAAUGAUGAGCUUGUCGUCGCGCUUAUGACUUAUGAGCAACUUGACCGUUCUAUUGACGCGGAUAGUGAUUCUGAAGACGAGAUGGCGGAACAGGCGCAUCUUUAUAGGAUGGCAACCGAGAAACACAAACAGGCGAUGUCACCAACGAGCACUUCAAGCCCAUCAAGCCCCGUCCCUGAAAUGGCUCAUCUUAGUAUCAAUCCAAGCCCUCCACCAAGGCCUGUUCCGCCUCCUCGACCAUCUGCUGCGUCUAAACCAGUCAUACCUGCGCGUCCAGCACCACAACCGGACUCUGAUGAAGAUGAUGAUUAUGCAGAUGAGGACGAAAACGACCCAUUCGCUGAUAGGAAUGCUGUUGUGACGCCAAAGAUAGAACAGGGUGAACCUAAGUGGUAGAUACACUCUAGCCAGAUCUCAAUACAAGGCGAUGGAAUAGAUCGAUCACCUAUUAAACCGCCUCUACGGAAGCAUUCAUGAUAUAGCGACGGACCACAGAGAUACCUUAUUUCAUUUGGGGGUUCAGCUCAUUCACUAGUUCCCCUUUCUAGAAUAUUGUAGAUUGUUGGACUCGCGUCUUCUUAUUACAGCAGACGUUGGGUUUAACUAUGUUGGUGGGCAUAGCCUGCAAGCGAAUAAUAUUCAUUUAAGUCUUAUGAUUCACUCACACAUGCUAUGCUUUCCGCUUCUUCUUUUCAUCUGUCAUCAAGGGCCUAUUCGUUUGCAUCAGUGAGACAGCUCUUAUCUUCUCCCCAGGCUUCAUACUCGACAUUCGGAUAUAGGAGUCUAGCUUGGGUGUUAUCUUGGAGUAUCAGACCCAUCGGGUCGCGACGUGCACCUUGUCAACAUACUCUAAUCGGAUAAUUAAAUCA